CACUGUCUGUAUCCCGCACACACUUCUCCACUCCUCUGAUCUCCACUCGUGGAGUACAAGCCCAAGCAAACGGAAUGGCGACCGGUUCCGCUCCCAUCACCCCCGCCGCUCACCACCUCCACCCACCACACGGCCACGCGAACCUCCACCGCCUCCUUCUACCCAUCGGCCGCCGCGGCGUCGGCGGCGUCGUUGUCGUCCGCGCGGUCUCCGGGGAUGGCGGCCGAGGCGGCGGCCCGUCCUACCUGGACAUGUGGAAGAAGGCGGUGGAGCGGGAGCGGCGUUCGGCCGAGCUCGCCUACCGCCUGCAGUCGUCCCCGCCGCCCGCCGAAGCGGAGGCGGGGGCGCCCCCGCCGCCCGCGGACGUGGAGCGCAGGACGGCGCGGUUCGAGGAGAUGCUGCGGGUGCCGCGGGAGGAGCGCGACCGCGUGCAGCGCACCCAGGUCAUCGACCGCGCCGCCGCGGCCCUCGCAGCCGCGCGCGCCGUGCUCAAGGAGCCGCCGCAGCAGAACCCGCCACAGCCGCCGCCGCCGAAGCCGAAGCAGCCGGCGACGGCCGCGGACGUCACGGGAUCGGGCAACGGCUCGGGUUCGCGCAAGGCUGCAAAGGGACUGGAGGAUCGGGUUUCCCUGGCGGACGCGGCACCGGCAGCGCCCGUGGCGUCGCAGUCGGCCAAAGGGCCAAACUCUGGGAAUUCAUCUACUUCCAAGCAGGCAAGUUCUAAGCUUGGUACUCCUGGUCCAGAUUUUUGGUCGUGGUUACCACCGGUGGAAAAUAGUAGCGAACUGAGAGAAAGCAGUACUGAUCUAAAACCAUCAAAGAAAGUGGACUCUUUUUCCAGUCAACCUGAUUUGGUAAUGGAGAAGGAAAGAUCAGCAGACUUUUUAUCACUUCCAUUUGUGACAUCUUUCUUCGAGAAGAAGGAAGAUCGAUCUCUUCCACCCUUCCAGUCAUUUGCUGAGCCUGAAAAUCUAGAUUCCGACCCCAACCCGGCUGCGGAGGCAGAGGAGGUAUUUGAAACACAAUUUUCAAAAAAUGCUGCUGAGGUGGCUAGAGCUCUUAGUACAAGUGAUGAGGAGUCAUCUCAUGGGGUAGAUCCAGAUGGUUCGAAGUGGUGGAAGGAGACCGGUGUAGAGCAGAGGCCUGAUGGGGUUGUUUGUAAGUGGACUGUAAUUAGGGGAGUCAGUGCUGAUGGGGCUGUUGAAUUUGAAGACAAGUAUUGGGAGGCUUCAGACCGGUUUGAUCAUAAGGAGUUAGGUUCGGAGAAGUCUGGCCGUGAUGCUAGGGGAAAUGUUUGGCGGGAAUACUGGAAGGAGUCCAUGUGGCAGGAUUUCACAUCUGGGCUUAUGCAUAUGGAGAAGACUGCAGACAAGUGGGGAAAGAAUGGCAAAGGGGAGCAGUGGCAAGAGCAAUGGUGGGAGCAGUACGAUUCAAGCGGUAAAGCUGAGAAAUCGGCUGAUAAAUGGUGCAGCUUGGAUCCAAAUACACCAUUGGAUGUUGGUCAUGCUCAUGUUUGGCAUGAAAGGUGGGGUGAGACGUACGAUGGCAGCGGUGGAAGCGUGAAGUACACUGACAAAUGGGCGGAACGUUCAGAGGGCGAUGGGUGGUCGAAGUGGGGUGACAAGUGGGACGAGCAUUUCAACCCAGAGGGGCAAGGAGUGAAGCAGGGCGAGACCUGGUGGGAAGGCAAAUACGGGGACCGGUGGAACCGCACCUGGGGCGAGGGGCACAACGGCUCUGGCUGGGUGCACAAGUACGGAAGGAGCAGCAGCGGCGAGCAUUGGGAUACGCACGAGCCGCAGGAGACGUGGUAUGAGCGUUACCCACAUUUUGGCUUCCACCACUGCUUUGAGAACUCGGUGCAGCUCCGGUCCGUGCCGAGGCAGCCGCCAAAGAACCUGAAAUCUGGGAAAAGAGUAGAUGCUUAAUUAGGAACAUUUCAGCUGCAGUCAUAAUGAGCGCCUCCAAAAGAAAAGCUAUUCAUAAUGGAGCUACUAGCUAGUUGGUUCUUCAAAGUACCGAGGCCAGUGACAAUGGAGUAGUCAUGUACUCUCGUCUUCGAUUUUUCAUUGUGCAGAGAUGCUCAUGCUACUAUGGUAACUUAGCUGGUUUCAUCUCU